AUUUUUGUACAUUCAUUGUGAAAUCUUUAGUAGUCUGGUUAUCGUUCAGCUUUUUAUAGCUUCUUAUAAAAAUAUCAAAGGUUAACUAGUUGAUUACAAAACUUAAAAUAAUUAGACCUGAGGGAAAGCCGUUUUAUAUUUCGCUAUAUUCGAAAAAAGCGACGGCGAUAUGAGGUUCCCUAACAAUGGAAAAGCUUUAUUACAUCUGACAAAAACUUCGCUACUUCAGCAAACGAAGAAUGCAUUUGACAAACAACUGCUUCCAGCUAGUUACACCAGCACUAAGGAAACUUCGUCGGAUUCGAAGCAGUCAAAUCUUUUGUCUUACCAUGUAUUGCCGCUUAAAGAAACCCUAAAUCGAUUUAUGAGCACUGUUGAACCUUUCCUGACACCCACAGAACUGAGGGAGCAAAUUAAAAUCACUGAAGAGUUCCUAAACGGGGAGGGCAGUAAUCUCCAAAAACUCUUAGAGGAUGUUGGAAGCAAAGAAAAAAACUGGUUAGCAGACCGGUGGCUGAAAGCUGCAUAUUUGCAAUAUCGAUAUCCAGUUACCGUCUUUGUCAGUCCUGGCAUGACCUUUCCCCGACAAGACUUUAAGGAUACAAAUGCUUUUAUUGUCUACACGUCUAAAGUUAUUUUUGGCUUGGGCGAGUUCAAUGACAUGGUAAAAGCCCACAAGAUUCCAAUUGUCAAAAUGGGCAACAAUGAGUUGGACAAUAGCCAGUUUGGCAAAGUAUUCGGUACAUGUCGAAUACCACGGCGGGGUACAGAUGAGAUUGUAUAUAAUCCAUGCUCCGAUUAUGUAGUCGUUAUAUAUAAGAAUCAUUUCUAUAAAAUGAAAAUAUACGACGAAAAGGGAAAACUGAUAUCUGCUUCCUGUCUGGAGCUUCAAUUGGAAAAUAUAAUGAAAACUGAGACAACAGUUGGUGUUGCCUAUGGAAUUUUAACUACAGACUCAAGGGACAACUGGGCCGAUGCCUAUGAAAACUUGUCCGAUAUACCAGUCAAUAGAGAUGCUCUGGAAACGAUUCAAGGUGCCUUAUUUACCGUGUCACUCGACCAAUGUACCAGUUUAAUGAAAGGUGAAGAGGACGAUGAGCUUAUAUCUUCACUGAUUCAUGGAAGUGGUAGCCAUAUCAACAGCGGCAACCGGUGGAUGGACAAGACAAUUCAAUUGGUUGUUAACCCAAAUGGUAAUGUUGGAUUCACUUAUGAACAUUCUCCUGCAGAGGGCCAGCCAAUCGCAAUGAUGAUGGAUUAUGUCAUGAAAAAGUUGGAGGAGGAUCGUAAUUUUGGAGAUUGUGGUUCCAAAGACGUCAUUCCUACCGAUAAAAUACAAUUUUGUAAACCAAAUGAUCGCAUUGGACAGUGCCUGAAUAUUGCGCAACAAAAUCUUGAUGAGCUGGCAAAAUCGCUUCAGAUAAAAGUUCUCAAGUUCGAUAAAUUUGGAAAAGAGUUUAUAAAAAAACAGCGCCUGGGUCCAGAUAGUUUUAUACAGAUAGCGUUGCAGCUUGCUUUCUUUAAAAUGCACUCCGAGCCGGCUGCGCAAUAUGAGUCGGCACACUUGCGUAUAUUUGAAGGAGGUCGGACUGAAACAAUACGGUCUUGUUCAAAUGAAUCAGUGUCCUUCUGUCGGGCCAUGCAAAAUAAUUCGAAAGCCUCGAAAGAGGAACGCGUUGAUAAACUCCGUAAGGCAGUAAUGAGUCAUCAGAUGUACGCAAAGUUAGCGCUGCAAGGCAAAGGCGUCGACCGACACCUCCUCGGACUAAAGGUCAUGGCUAUGGAAAAUAAUCUGCCUAUCCCAGAGUUCUAUUCAUCACCGGGCUUUGUCAAAUCGAGUCAUUUUCGCAUGUCAACUUCACAGGUCGCUACAAAAUAUAAUGCAUUCAUGGGAUAUGGACCAGCUGUAGACGAUGGAUAUGCGUGCUGCUACAAUCCUCGCGAUAAUGACAUAAUUUUAGCUAUAUCGGCUUGGCGUCACUGUAAUGUGACCGAUCUUUUGAUUUUUAUACAAACUCUUGAACAGUCUUUUCUUGAAAUGAAAGAUAUUUUAGAUAACUCGACACAGAGUCCUCCUAACUUGAUAAGUAAAUUGUAACGCCUGCAAAAACUAAAAAUUAUAUGUACAUGGCAGAGGUUUUUAAGUUAAA